AUGGGGAUCUCCAACUCAGCCAUCAUUGUCAUCGUCCUUGUCGCAUGUCUCGCCGUAACUGCAUUGGGAGCAUCGCUCUUCAAACACUACAAUCCAGCCGAGGGAGAGAUGCCUUACAGUCCGGGUUACGAGCAGAAGCUGUACAUGGCCGAGGUACGAGCACGCGGCUUUGAGCAUUUGAGACAAGUGUCUUGGGCGGGAAGGGAUAUGGACCCUCGGUAUCCCCAUGCGGGGCCUGGCAACUAUCGCCCCCACACCUAUACCGAAGACACGAACACAAACACAACCACAAACACAACCACAAACACAACCCCGAAAGACACAGGAAGCUCAUAA